GUCGUUAGCUGGAGGCAGCUGCUGCGGUGGCGGCUGCGGGUUGUCACCUGAACAUCAUGAUAAUGUGACAGUUAGGAUGCAAUCAUGUCAACUCUCUGUCCACCACCAUCUCCAGCUGUUGCCAAGACUGAGAUUGCUUUAAAUGGUGAUUCACCUUUAUUAGCAGCUACUUUUGCAUACUGGGACAACAUUCUUGGCCCUAGAGUAAGGCACAUUUGGGCUCCCAAGAAACAACAACUACUUCUUAGUGAUGGAGAAAUAACAUUUCUUGCUAAUCAUACUCUAAAUGGAGAAAUUCUUCGGAAUGCAGAGAGUGGAGCCAUAGACGUGAAGUUUUUUGUGUUGUCUGAAAAAGGAGUAAUUAUUGUUUCAUUAAUCUUUGAUGGAAAUUGGAAUGGAGAUAGGAGUACAUAUGGACUGUCAAUAAUACUUCCACAAUCUGAACUCAGUUUCUACCUUCCCCUUCAUAGAGUGUGUGUUGAUAGAUUAACACACAUCAUCCGGAAAGGAAGGAUAUGGAUGCAUAAGGAGAGGCAAGAGAAUGUCCAGAAGAUUGUAUUAGAAGGAACAGAGAGAAUGGAAGAUCAGGGUCAGAGCAUUAUUCCAAUGCUCACUGGAGAGGUUAUUCCUGUAAUGGAACUCCUUUCAUCUAUGAAAUCACAUAGUGUUCCUGAGGAAAUAAAUAUAAGUGAUACAGUACUAAAUGAUGAUGACAUUGGGGAUAGUUGUCAUGAAGGUUUCCUUCUCAAUGCCAUCAGCUCCCACCUGCAGACCUGUGGCUGUUCUGUAGUAGUAGGUAGCAGUGCAGAUAAAGUAAAUAAGAUAGUAAGGACAUUGUGUCUUUUUCUAACUCCUUCAGAACGAAAGUGCUCCAGACUUUGUAGGAAUGAGUCUUCAUUUAAAUAUGAAUCCGGGUUAUUUGUACAAGGUCUGCUCAAGGAUUCAACUGGAAGUUUUGUGUUGCCCUUCCGACAAGUCAUGUAUGCCCCAUAUCCUACUACACAUAUAGAUGUGGAUGUUAAUACAGUGAAACAGAUGCCACCUUGUCAUGAACAUAUCUAUAACCAGCGUCGUUACAUGAGAUCAGAGCUGACCGCAUUUUGGAGAGCCACUUCAGAAGAAGAUGUGGCUCAGGAUACAAUUAUCUAUACAGAUGAAAGCUUUACUCCUGAUUUGAAUGUUUUUCAAGAUGUCCUACACAGAGACACACUAGUAAAAGCCUUCCUGGAUCAGGUCUUUCAUUUGAAACCUGGUUUGUCUCUGAGAAGUACUUUUCUUGCACAGUUUCUACUUGUCCUUCAUAGAAAAGCCUUAACGCUAAUAAAAUACAUAGAGGAUGAUACGCAGAAGGGAAAAAAGCCAUUUAAAUCUCUUCGAAACUUGAAGAUAGAUCUCGAUUUAACAGCAGAGGGCGAUCUUAACAUAAUAAUGGCUUUAGCUGAAAAAAUCAAACCAGGCCUACACUCUUUUAUCUUCGGAAGACCUUUCUACACUAGUGUACAAGAACGGGAUGUGCUAAUGACAUUUUAAAAAAGUAACCUUUUAAGUUUAUUUCAUCAUACUCAUGAGUGCAGCUC